CCUUUCACUUUACCUUUCUUUAAUUUACAUCCUGUCGCCCGUUGAAAAAGUUGAAACAAAGUGACAAACAAUACUGACCGAAUUCCCUCAUUACAGAACCCCAUAAUCAAAACCUUUUAUCACCUUUCACACUAAAGAAACAAUCCCCAUCUCCACAUUCCACUCUCCCAAAAAAAACCUUUCUCCCCCCCAAAAAAAGAUGGCCUUAAGCAACAAUGUGAUCGGAGCCAUCAACUUCGUGGCCAUGCUGCUCUCGAUCCCGGUGAUCGGCGCCGGCAUAUGGCUGGCAACGGAGGCCGACAACUCCUGCGUCAAGAUCCUGCAGUGGCCCGUCAUCAUCCUCGGCGUCCUCAUCCUGCUGGUGGCGCUGGCCGGCUUCGUGGGCGGCUUCUGGAGGAUUCCGUGGCUGCUCAUAGCAUACCUUGUGCUCAUGCUUCUCCUCAUUGUGCUUCUCGCUUGCUUGGUUGUAUUCAUCUACAUGGUCACCAGCAGGGGCGGGGGCCACCCCGUGCCCAGCCGGGCUUACUUGGAGUACGAUCUCGACGGCUUCUCCGGCUGGCUGCGGCGGCGCGUGCGCAGCACCUACAAGUGGGAUAGGAUCAGGAGCUGCCUUAGCUCCACCAGUAUGUGCGCGGAGUUGAAUCAGAGCUAUCGCGCCGCGCAGGAUUUCUUCAAUGCUCCUAUCACUCCUUUGCAGUCGGGAUGCUGCAAGCCACCGACGGAAUGUGGGUACACGUUUGUGAACCCGACAUACUGGAUCAGUCCCAUAAACAACGCGGCCGACAUGGACUGCCUGCAGUGGAGCAACGACCAAACGCAGCUCUGCUAUUCCUGCGAUUCAUGCAAAGCCGGAUUGCUGGCAAAUCUCAAGAAAGAGUGGAUGAAAGCAGACGUCGUUUUGAUCAUUACUCUCGUCGCUUUGAUUGCGGUUUACAUAUUUGGAUGUUGCGCUUUUAGGAAUGCUAAAACUGAAGAGCUGUUUAAAAAGUACAAGCAAGGUAAUGCAUACACUUGAAGCAAGAACACUGAAGAGUGGUGUUUUAAUUUUCCCGAUUUGCAAGUUAAUUAAUUAAACUAAUGUAUAAGUUAGAGAUGAUGUGCUUUGAAUUAUUUUUUAUGAGGUGCAUGCUACUUUGAUUUGUUUGCGAGGGACAUUUUGAUUUAGCUAGUUUGUUAUUUAGUGGUCCUUGAUUACUUUUAUUAGAAGAAUGUUUAAUGUAUUAUGCAUUGUUAGAUAUUAAUUAGAGGCUAUUUUUGAGAUGGUGGUAAAA